CGGCUUGACUGAGAGAGCAUGUUUGAUUGGAGAACCGUAGCGUGCAGCAGUAAUUGGCAAGCCUGUGGACCAAUGGAAAGGAUCUGAGGGGCAAUCGGGGAAUCUGUCCCGUCUCUAACCGCCGCCCCUCCAUCAGUCGGGCCAGCCAACCAGUCCCGCGGAGUCAUUAACCACUUCCGUCUUGCUGCAGGAGCAGCUGGUUCCGCUAACUGCCAGGCCUGGGCUCCUAGCCGAGGUGGUGGGAUCAAAAUGAGCUAUUUCGGGCCCGUCGCGCGGCCCCUCGGGGGCCAGCCUGGACUGUUCGUGCCCGCGCCCUCUGGCCGCUGCUCACCUGGCAGACCCCGCUACCCUGCGCACCCGAGGCUGAGUCAGAGGCCUAGAAUUAGGCCCGGCUUGCCGGGGGGCUGGGCCCAGGCCCUGCUGAGAUGGGAGUAGGGUCUGUUCUGUGUCCUCCUGACAGCCUGGCCGGCUACCACAUUCCCUGUACCCAAGAAUCUGCUCCUAAGACCGCCAUCUGCGUCAUCCCCAGAGCUGCCUGCGGGGCGGGGGUGGAUUAAAGGGACUGCGAACUCUGCGCAGGGGUUUUCGGGCCCUGGGUCCCAAAUGCCGCGCAGUCCUACCCACUCGGCAAGGCUCCACCUCCUCAGCCUUAGUUUCCCCUUUGGGAAAUCGGGGGAUCACCUCUCUGGCAUCCAGCAGGCGCUUAAUAAAUGGCCAAGUCAUUGUUGGGCUUUCUAAAUAAGACUCUAUUAAUGGCCGGGGCUGGCUCGGGUCCCAAUGUCCCCGGGCGCCCCGCCGAGGGGCGGACACAAGGCGUACUAUAAGAGCGGCUGCGGCGCAACGCAGGGGCACUGCGGAGCCUAGGGGCGGCGGCGGCGGCGGCGAAGCAGGAUGGAGAUCCCCGUGCCUGUGCAGCCGUCUUGGCUGCGCCGCGCCUCGGCCCCGUUGCCCGGGCGCCUCUUCGACCAGCGCUUCGGCGAGGGGCUGCUGGAGGCCGAGCUGGCUGCGCUCUGCCCCGCCUCACUGGCCCCCUACUACCUGCGCGCACCCAGCGUGGCGCUGCCUACCGCCCAGGUCCCAACGGAACCCGGGCAUUUCUCGGUGCUGCUGGACGUGAAGCACUUCUCCCCGGAGGAAAUCGCCGUCAAGGUGGUUGGCGACCACGUGGAGGUGCAUGCGCGCCACGAGGAGCGCCCGGAUGAGCAUGGAUACAUCGCGCGCGAGUUCCACCGCCGCUACCGCUUGCCGCCUGGCGUGGACCCUGCGGCCGUGACGUCCGCGCUGUCCCCAGAGGGCGUCCUGUCCAUCCAGGCUGCACCCACAACGCCACAGGCCCCACUGCCGCAGCCGCAGGCUGCUGCCAAGUAGGCGUCAUGCCUGAACCCCGGGAGCCGCCUCAGGCCCCCUCUUUUAAAGCCGACCUGACUCCACCCAGCCAGAUGUCCCGAGCACACCCAAACCACCCACCCAGUCUGGGAUCCUACCCUGACCCUUCCCACGUAGACUCUUCCCUAGUAACUAGACCAUUCCACUGACACUCCCGUUCUCACACUCCCUCCAGCUUUCAGACUCCUGACAGCUCCCUAGCUUCCAGGCCCUACACGGACAACCCUUCAGCCGACAGUCUCCCGGCCCCACUGACCCCACUUUCUUGGCAUAUAAACCCACUCAAAACUCCCUCCUCUGCUUCCUUCUGACUCAUCUGUUAAAAUAUCUCCACGUCCCAUUUUAAUCCCUUUCCCUCUCCAACACUACAUUAUGGUGUGGACAGCCCUGCCAAUUGACUGGCCUGCUUAACUAGGCCAGUUAAGCAGAAUCCCUCUUCACCCCUCAAAUAUCCCAGACCAUCCAAGGCCUGGUCCUCAAGAUUCUGGAUCCUUCCCCUCACUCCCAACUGGACAAUCUACUCCCCCCACCCAUCUUGUGACUUGAAACCCCAGCCAGCGCCCCCAUCCGAGACUUUUAAACCCUUUUUCUGACCCCCCCACCCUUGGACACCUAUUCCAGGCCUAGCAGGACCCUCAACCUCAGACUGCACAGAUACCCACCCCAUCACCCCAGACUCUGCACAGAUAUCCUAAGCCCCAUCCCCAGCUCUAACCAGAACCCCAUCAUUUUGCCAUAAUCCCCUAAUCUCCAACCACAUAUCCCAAGUAAUCCACCUUUCACACACCUCCCCUCAUUCUCCAAGAUCCAACCAAGCAGCCACUUUUGCUUUGGUGCCCCACAAUCCUUCUCCCUCCUUGAAUUUCCUGCCACCCCAUCCCCUUAUCCGUUCCCCCCAAUAAAUGUCUAGAGCUGUG